AUGCCUCAUAUCCAGGCUCCCGCUCCGGAUCCGGAUCCGAUUCCCCGCUGUGCUCCUCAAGGCAAUGCUGGUAUUUUAACUGAACCGCCCGCCUUUCCGGGAGAUUAUGCAGAAGACGGUCUGUCGCCUCCCAGUACCUUGAGCUCGGAUGAGAGUCUAGUGGAGUCCUUCCGGCCGCCAGAAGCGCACAAAGACGUUCCCAUCGAUCCGCUGAUCCUUAUCAACGACGCGUCUUGGAGGGAUAUCGAUCUCCAGUCGUCAGUCCCGCAAGAUAACAGCCCGGUCAACUUGGAGACAACUUGCCCGUAUCCAGAUCCUCCAGCCACUCUCCACAACCCACUCAGUCAUCUCCGAGGUGCCAGCGAUAGGGGUGUUGGGGAGGAUAAUGGUACUCAAACGAGUGAUUGCGACCGUCAAGAAGUGCACCACUCCCAACGCAGCACUGAUCCGGGCUCAUCCUACCCUGAUAGUGCCCACAGGCAUCACCACGUCGACGGAACGUCUAGAAGUUUGAAGCGGAAAACACACCAAUCUGAGGGGCAGGCUCGCAAGCGACAUCGGAUUCGCUUCAAACUGCCAUCCAGAGAGGACUCCUUCACAACUCUCCAGUCCCACUUCGUGUCUCUACCUCUUAAUGACCGUCUGCAAUUCCUUUCUUGGCUAUUCGAAGGGGCUCUGUCACAUUGCACAUCGGACUCUUCUCCAUCAACAGCAUGUGAAGAUGGAGAGGCGCGCAUAGCCGAUCGCUCGAGUCUCCAGCCUGAGAUCGAACAAAGUCCAGGUGUUUGGAAGGGAGUUCAAGGAAGCUCGCGGAAAGGUAUGCCAUGGUCUGCGGAAGAGAAGGACCUAGUGAAGCUGAGAAAGGACGAGGGUUGA